AUGGCCUCUAAGCAGCCUGCCAAGGACUUCCUGUCCUUCGUGAACGCCUCCCCCACUCCCUUCCAUGCCGUUCAGUCUGCCAAGGAUCUUCUGGCCGAAGCUGGUUUCCAAGAGAUCAAGGAGAAAGAUUCUUGGGCUAAGACCUGCAAGCCCGGUGGCAAGUACUUCUUGACUCGCAACACCACCACCCUCGUUGCUUUUGCCAUUGGAAAGCAAUGGCAGCCGGGUAACUCUAUCUCCAUGAUCGGUGCCCACACCGACUCUCCUGUUCUUCGGGUUAAGCCCGUGAGCAAGAAGAGCGGCGAGGGCUUCAUCCAGGUCGGUGUUGAGACCUAUGGUGGUGGUAUCUGGCACACCUGGUUUGACCGUGACCUCGGUGUCGCCGGCCGUGUGAUGACCCGUGCCAGCGAUGGAUCCAUCGUGCAGAAGCUGGUCAAGGUCGACCGUCCCAUCCUUCGUAUCCCUACUCUGGCCAUCCACUUGGACCGCCAGGAAACCUUUGCCUUCAACAAGGAGACGCAAUUGUUCCCAAUUGCUGGCCUCGUGGCUGCUGAGCUCAACCGCACUGGCGAAUCCAAGCCCGCCGGUGAUGCCGCCAACGGUGCUAAUGACACUGAGAAGGUUGAUGACUUCUCCCCUCUGAAGGCUGUGACCGAGCGCCACCACUCCCACUUUGUCGAGCUCGUUGCUGCCGAGGCUGGCGUCAAGCCCGAGGACAUUCUGGACUUUGAACUGAUUCUGUUCGACACCCAAAAGUCCUGCCUUGGUGGCAUGCUUGAGGAGUUCAUCUUCUCUCCCCGUCUGGACAACUUGAACAGCUCUUACUGUGCUACCGUCAGUCUGAUUGACUCCGUCGCUGACAAGGCUGCGCUGGACAACGAGUCCGCCAUCCGCCUCAUUGCGCUGUUCGACCACGAAGAGAUUGGUAGCCGUACUGCCCAGGGUGCUGACUCCAAUGCUCUGCCUGCCGUCAUCCGCCGCCUGUCGAUGCUCCCUUCAUCCUCUUCCUCGGAUGUCGACCUGGCGACUGCCUAUGAGCAGACCCUCUCCACCUCUUUCCUGGUCUCCGCCGACAUGGCUCACUCCGUCAACCCCAACUACGCUGCCAAGUACGAGCAGGACCACAAGCCCGAGAUUAACAAGGGCCCCGUGAUCAAGAUCAACGCCAACGCUCGCUAUGCUACUAACUCUCCGGGCAUCGUCCUGCUCCAGGAGGUUGCACGUAAGACCUCGGCCGAGACCGGUGAGCCCAUUCCUCUGCAGCUGUUCGUUGUUCGCAAUGAUUCCAGCUGCGGUAGCACCAUUGGCCCUAUGCUGUCCGCUGCCCUGGGUGCCCGUACCUUGGACUUGGGUAACCCGCAGCUGAGCAUGCACAGUAUCCGUGAGACUGGCGGUACUUAUGAUGUCGCCUAUGCGAUCCGCCUCUUCACGGGAUUCUUCCAGCACUACUCGGAGCUGUCCAAGACCAUUUUCGUGGACUAG